AUGGAGUCUCAUCAGUCUCAGCAACAGCGCGGUACCAGGAGAGGUCCUGGCAGGCCUCGGGGCUCAUCUCGAGCAGGACGGCCCUCUUCCUCCUCUGGUAACCACCACGGCUAUGGUCACUCGCCUGUCUCGCUCACAAACAUCAUCAACUUCGGGGACUCGCCCUCCUCUAUCAACGCCCGCACGCCCUCCUCCAGCCGAGGUCGCGUGAGAGGUGCCAACCACCACACCCCGUCUCACCCUUACAUCUCAUCACCCACGUCUGUGGACUUCCCAUCUGUGGCGACUGACGCCAUGAGUCUCGACGACCACCGAGCGGCCUCUCGCUCGGAUAAGGUGCCCAGACAAGGCCUUAAUCACUCAUUUACUUUCUCCACACCCGAGAACCCCCGCCACUCGCCCGGCCGCAAGCGAGCCCGGACGCUCGAGUAUCCCACCGACGGGGCUGAUCACCAGGACGAAGCCAAAGUCAAGGGUGGCCACUCACUUCGGAAAAGAGUUCGUAUUGACUAUGCUCAAAUGAACGAUGACAACGAGGAAGACCAGCCGCCCAAGGAGCUCCAGGACGACAGGACUGAGAUCACUGUCUCUGGCGCACGUAGUGCUCGCAAGCGACGGUCGACGGCCGACCCUCACAACGACGAAGAGGGACCACAGCCGCCCUCUUCUGCUGCUAUUUCAAAGCGGGGCAGGCCUGAAAAGCAGCGGACUGUGUCGCCCAAGCCCCAACGCCGCAGGACCCAGCAAAGAAAAUCAAUCUCUGCGCCCGUUGCAAGGCCGGCUGAAUCACCCGAUCAGCUGCCUUCCGAUACGGAGCUCAAAGACACUAUUGAGGUUGGCGCGCCGCUGACGAUGCAGUUUACUGGCUCCUCGAGUAGUCAACGCUCAGAAACUGCAAGCAACAUUUCUGGGCAGUCUCCAUCUCAAAAUAGAAAUGCUCUGCAGUCCACUGUCAUUGGGACCCAGGUUGCGUCACCUACGAUGAUUCAACAAGAAGAUGAGGCCGCAACAAGCUUCGUCGCAAAAGAAGAGCCCGCUUCAUCAGUUUUGGAUGCUACUGAGCCAAAUCAUUCAGAAGCUAUUCCUUUUUCAGUUACAAAUGAGCCUGAUCAGGAAGAUGUGAAAGAGAAGGUUGAGGACCAAGACAGUCAGGAUUCUGCUCCUUGCCCACCAGAUCUCGGCCAGCAACUUACUUCGGCCCUUUCCGCAGUAUCUGAGAUUGAUAAUUCUCAAUUUGCUGCUCAAACCUCUCAGGACCCAGAACCUGCGGCCUUUGGGACUGAAAUGGAAGCAGGUUCAUUUCAAGACCAUUCUCAGAGCCUCAAAGUACCAAGUUCUCAAGAAUCAAUUGAUUCAGAUGCCACUCAGGACAUGCCCCCUGAUGGGCCAGUCGGAACCUCGGCGCUCGCCAGAGAAUUAAGAAAUACUAUUUCCUCGGUUGUGGAUGAGCAGCCGUCCGAAGAACCGACGAAAGUCUUGGAAUCUGAUCAGCAGAAGGAGCCUGUGGUCGAGUCUUUGCAUAACAGUCAGAACGAUCAGAACGAUCAGAACGACCAAGACACCCCGAAUUCACUUCCGCGCACCCGUAGGCGCUUGGGCCGCUUAGCCGGAAACUCAAGUGCAACCGAAGAAGACUCCUCCCAGUUACCCACUCAGACAGAAAGGAGAGCAUCUACAAGCAGGAAGGCUGACAAGGCCAAGUCUGACAUUAACCCUGUCGCAUCCUCGGUGCCUACUCCUGAAAGCCCCGAAACGCCUAAGAAGCGAAGACCUGGAAGGCCUCCAAAGAUUCGACAGAGUAUUGAGCAAGAGCCUCGAGAGCCCCGAGUACCUCGCAAACGCCGUGUCACGGCUGCAGCCCAGACUAUUGCGCAGCCUCGACCGAUGCGAGCCCAUACUCCUCGGGAUUUCUCCUUUCUCACGCCUUAUACAGAUGCUCAGGAUGUAUACCCUGAAGUUGCCCAAGACUAUGGUGUUCCCACCCCUGGGGAAACCCCAAACCUCCAGAAUUCCGAGGAUCCUGGUGAACCCGCGGACGAUGUUGAAUCUUUAGCUCCAGAACGGGACUCAGGCAGCCAAGAGCAAAAUCAAUCUCGGCUUGAUGGUGGCACGGGUUCCAAUGCACCUACACCUGCGCCUAUGUCGGAUAUGCCAACGCCGGCUGCUGAGUCGAUGCCUGCUAGCAGAAACGCAUCACCAGAGCCAGUGAUUGAGCCUAUUCGUAAAGUCAAGGCACGCAAGCAGUACGCGUUUACACGCAUUAGGUCCCCCACCGACUUCAUCAAUGUCCUUGACGAUUACAAGAACAUGUCCACUGAAGACCUCUUCAACGCUCUUGAAGCAUCUGCCAACGCUUUGGGUGCCUGGCAAGAAGAGUGGAAGAAGCGAAAACUGGUCACCGAAGACGAAGACAACGCAGUCCGUCGUCGCGCUCACGACGCUGCUCUGAUGGCUCGAGAAGCCAGAGACAUGGCCAAGACGAACGGGGCUAUCUCUGUUGAGAAGAGGGACUUCGAAGUCAAGGGCAUCCGCGCGAACUUCGUCGAGGAGAACAAGCUUAAGCACCCCGAAAGCAAUCCCGAAGUUGCUGAGAGGAAUCAAGAUCAGGUUGCCGCACAGGCAUAUGGUUUCGAAUGGGACCCACGCCCAAGCAUGAUCGGAAGGCAAGACCCCAUUGGGCAGCGGGAUGGUCUUCAGAACAACCGACUCCGCAACAGGCCUAAGCUUAGCCAGCGGGCUGCAGAGGCUGCGGUAGACGACCCCGUGGGUGUUGUCACAGGCAAGCGAACUCGAAAACCCCGCAUCCUUUCCGAUGACAGUAAGGAGGCUAGUAGAGCCCCUACUCCCAUGGAGGCUGUGAAGCCGAAGCAGACUCGCCGCCGCAGAAAGAAUGCCGAGAACUUCGAUAGCGACUAUGAAGCUCAAGCUGCUGCAGACGACAGCACCCCAGCCCAAAAGCCUGAGGUGCCCGAGGCGCCGCCACCAGAGCAGCCAGUGAAGAAGCGAAGGGGACCAAAGCCUGGCGCCAAGGCUGCGCGUGAGGCAGCGGCCAGGGCGGCUGCUGAGAAGGAAGCGGCCGAGAAGGCAGAGCAGGAGGCUUUCGCCAAUGCCGAAGCAACCAGAGACCGCGAGUUGUAUGGCGUCGAAGACGAGCCACCCCAGACCCGCAAGCGCCGUCGUGGUGCCGCCACGGACGGCCCUGCUUCAUCAUUCGAUGGAGCUAACCAUCAGCAUCAGCCUUAUGCUGAGUCCACGUUCCCGCAAGGAGGCGAGCCGUCUUUGCCAGCUCCAAAGAGGCAGCGCAACCGAAAGUCUGCUGCUGCAACGCAGGUUGAGAUACCUCCAAACACAUUCUACAGUGCGGGCAGCAGCGUUCCUACGAACGACGACACCGUCACGCCAACCGAAGACUUUCGACCAUCUACCUCGUCGUCAACUAGCUCGAUGCACACAGUUGGAAGCAACUACUCCUUCCGUAACCGCCCAAGGAAGAAUUACUCCGAACUGGCAGAUCCGAUUAAAGAUAAGCUGGCGGAAACCCGACCAAAGAGAGGUCGUAGAGCCAAGAAGGAUCAAGAACCCGAGCCCACCUCAGUGCCUCCUAAUUUUGCAACGUCUCAGUUCGAUGGCAGUUCAUAUGGACCGCCCGGCCAUGGGUACAUGCCUCAGCAAGCCGCUUCUGUUCUCGCUCCGCCUAAUAAUCCCUUCAUCAACGUGACGGGAGGCGGUCCUGGCCAGCUACUCGCACCUGCUCCAGUGCGGCUUGGACCAGCGCCAGCACCUCCGCCUCACCCGGUUGGUGCCCAGAACCCCUUCUCCGCCCCUCACACCAACGCCCCCGUCGAACAUCCUUCCCAUAUCGAACAUCCCCAGUCUCCCAGGAAGAAACAGCCAAGGAUCAAGAUUAUUAACAGAAACCGCCAGAAUGCGACGCCCCAGCCUAACGGACCCCCGCCGCCCCACCAGUCUUAUCCUCACUCCGGUCACCAAGCUCCGCUCGCGCCGCUCCAGCCGCCUCCCAGCUUCCACGGACAGACUGGUUAUGAGCCACAUCUGUACGGUGGUGCCCACCUCCAGCCUCACUCCAUGCCCGGAGCCGGCCCGGGACAAUUCUCGUUCCCGGUAAACUCUUCUCCCCAUGCCACCAUGUCCAUGCCGCCCAUGAUGCCGAAUGGUCCUCCAUUCCCGCCGAUGGGCAGCCUGCCAGGUGGUCCGGGAUCUCUCCCCUCGACGAACAGCCGGGGCAACUCCAAGCCUCCGGGAUCAGGUCGUGCUACUCCCGCGCCUUCUUCUGCGGAAGGAGAGGAUUUGAGUGAAAAGGAUUAUGCGAGCAUGACAAAGAGCGAGAAGAUGAGCGCAAGCAUGAAAGCUCGAUGGGCGAAUGGCUCAAUGCGCCAAGCAGUAAACAAACGCAAAGAAACGCUCGCGCGUAAGAAGCAGAAACAGAGCGAUGAGAAGAACCCGACCAAGACAUCCACACCGACCCCCCAGCCUGAGAUGCCACCAUCGCAGUCCCGGACCCCGGUGACCUCCUCAGCCCCGAACCUCCCGCCUCCGGCAACAGGGGGUAGUGCGCAGCCGAGUCCAGUUGACAUGGGCCAAAGCCUGCCACCCCAAGAGCGCCAUCGCGACUUUGGCGGCAUGCUCAUGAGCGGCGAGUACAACGGUCCGCCUGCCAUCCCUGGCGGCAUACGCGCUCCAUCGCCACCGCGGCAGGUGCCCAUGCAGCACGAUGACCGGCAGGUCCUCGGGUACAUGCAAGAUGGGCCACCGCCCGCGCGCAUGCCUCUCAUCGGGGGUAUCUGGGAGGCUCACCCACGGCCGUACGCCAACGGUAGUGGCAGAGAGGAGCUUAACGGUGACAGACACGGCGGAGCAGGACCUGCCCCCGGCUGGGGACCACAGAACUGA